AUGUUGCUGCUGUUUUUGAAUUUGAUUGUAUUGGAAGGGAAGGUUGAAGUAAUCACAGGUGGAGCAAGAGGCCUUGGAGAAUCCAUUGUUCACCUCUUCACCAAAAACGGAGCAAAAGUCAUAAUUGCAAACAUUGCAGACGAUGCCGGUCAUGCUCUUGCACAAUCUCUCUCACAGUGGGCAACCUUUAUUCAUUGUGAUGUGACCAAAGAGCAAGACGUUAGAGCAGCAGUUGAUCUGGCAAUUGAAAAGCAUGGACAACUGGACGUUAUGAUUAACAAUGCCGGUGUAGUGGAUGACCCUAAAAUUAGCCUUGCAGAGUAUGAGAUAGAAAUUUUUGAACGCACAAUGAAUGUAAAUGCAAAAGGCGUAAUGCAUGGGCUUAAGCAUGCAGCUCGCGUUAUGAUACCCAAUAGAAAAGGGUGUAUAAUUUCUACUGCGAGUAUUGCAGGGACUAUGGGAGGCAUUGCACCUCAUGCAUACACGGCCUCAAAACACGCAGUAAUAGGGCUUACUAAGAAUGGUGCAGCUGAGCUUAGGAAAUAUGGUAUCAGAGUUAACUGUACUUACGUUGCAACAGGGCUUCUAAUGGGCUUUUUGGGAACAAAAGAUAAGGGUGAGGCGGAGGCGUGGACUAGCAGCAUUGGUAACUUGAAGGGAGUGGUUGUUAAAGAAGAGGAUAUUGCAGAUGCUGUUCUGUUUUAG